UUGUUUGAUGAGCAUUUUGUCAGCAUGGCGUUUUUCCAAACCGCAUUUGUGUGGCUUCUCUUAACUUUUUUUGCGUUUACCGUGAACUGCACUACAACCAGAUAUUUUACCUAUGAAGAGGAUGCACCCGGGACGGAGAUAGGCAAUUUAUCUCAAGAUUUAAAGAUUGAUCCGGUUGAUGACCCGGACACAUCUUUUCGCUUUAUGCAGGAGAGCAACAACUCAGUGAUCCACAUGCGGGAAAAUGAUGGACUCCUGAGCGUCGCGCAGGUGAUCGAUCGGGAGCAGCUCUGCCCCAGGUCACCCCGCUGCUUCAUCACCUUCGACAUCGUUGCACACUCCAGGGAGAAGUUUCAGCUCAUCCAUGUGGAGAUCGAGGUGAAAGACAUUAACGAUUACUCUCCUUAUUUCCCACUCAACGAAACGAGACUGGAAAUAGUUGAAAACGUCCCCCUGGAGUCCAGAUUUCCGCUUCAGAUCGCUCUCGAUGAGGAUGUUGGUGAGAAUUACAUACAGAGCUACAACAUUUCCCCCUCUAGCCACUUUGUUGUGGAAGUCCGUGAAUUUGAGGACGGAGUAAAGUUUGCGGAGCUGGUGCUGGUGAGUGAGCUGGACAGGGAGGUGGAGGACUCUUAUACCAUCCAGGUCACUGCGUCUGACGGAGGAUCGCCUUCAAAGUCCGGAUCUAUGACCGUGCACAUCCAAGUUUUGGACUUUAACGACAACAGUCCGACUUUUGAGCACAGCUCCCUCAAAGUUGAGCUGAACGAGGACUCCCCUUUGGGGCACCGAGUGCUGAAAGUGCACGCCUUCGAUCCGGACCAGGGCAUCAACGGUGAAGUAGUGUAUGCAUUCCCCGACGAGCUGUCACCGGAAGCGGCCCAAACUUUCCACAUCGACCCUUACUCCGGAGAUGUGACUCUAAAGGCGCAGGUUGACUUCGAGAAGAGGAAAUCGUACGAGCUGAGCAUAAGAGCAUCUGAUCGGGGUGAGAACUCUGCUCCUUCCACCUGCACGGUCAUGAUCGAGGUCGUAGACGUAAACGACAACGCUCCGGAGAUCAGCAUCAAGCCGAUGACCUCGAGCAGCGAUAGGGUGGCCUACAUCACAGAGGCUGCGGCCGCGGAGAGCUUCGUGGCGUUGAUCAGCACCUCGGACAGAGACUCGGGCUCCAACGGGUACGUGCGCGUCAGCCUGCUUGGGCACGAGCAUUUCAGGCUGCAGCAGGCUUAUGGAGACACCUUUAUGAUUGUUACCACGGCUACCCUGGACAGGGAGAAGAUCCAAGAAUAUAAUUUGACUGUUGUGGCAGAAGAUCUGGGAAGUCCUCCUUUUAAAACCGUCAGAGAGUAUACUAUUAGUGUAACAGAUGAGAAUGAUAAUCCCCCUCUUUUCAGUAAGUCUGUGUAUGAAGUUUCAGUUAUUGAGAAUAACAUUCCUGGUUCAUAUAUUACCACUGUUGUUGCUAGAGAUCCUGACAUGGGAAAGAAUGCCAAAGUUUCCUACAAACUUUUAGACUCAGAGAUACCAGGAGGAUCCCCAGUGUCCACCUAUGUUUCUGUAGACUCGCUUUCAGGCUCCUUGUACUCAUUAAGAUCUUUUGAUUAUGAGACACUCCAGCAGAUUGAGGUGGUUAUCCAAGCAGAAGACAGAGGCUCCCCCUCUCUCUCCAGCACCUCAACAAUCCGGAUCAGAGUUGUGGAUCAGAAUGACAACUAUCCAUUUUUCACCUUACCUCUCCUGCUGAAUAACUCUGCUGAUAUCACUCUACCCUACAACGCCCCCCCAGGCUAUCUCGCCCUUCAAGUUGUAGCUGAAGAUGCGGAUGAGGGGGUGAAUGGUGAGCUCUUCUACCAGAUUCUGCAAGAUGACUCAAAUCUGUUUACCAUGAACAAAAACACAGGCGAGAUUGCUUUGAAACAAAGGCUGACAGCUGAAAUAGGGGACGUGUUGGAAAUAAAAAUCACAGCCAGUGACAAUGGCAGAGCCCCUCUUUCUUGCAGCGCCACUAUUAGGUUUGUGGUUUCAGAUACAGAACCCCCUAAAGACAAGGUUGUCAUUGUUCUACGGUCAAGUGAAGAGAAAGGCUCCUCACUCGAUAGCUCAGUAAUCAUCAUCAUUGUCCUCAGUGGGGGCUGUGCAUUCUUGAUAAUUGCAAUUGUGGCUGUCACUCUCACGUGCAAACUAAGCCGGGGGGCGAGAAGAAACCGUGGCAGGAAAAGAGAAGCACGCCAGGGCCUGUUCAACGGCAGGCCCCAUUCCAUGCUCAGCGCUACAGAACCAAACAUUUACACAGGCCAGCAGGGGUUCUUCCACGAGAGGACAUCUUUGUCUCUGGAUGAUUCCUGCCUGUAUGAGGAGAGGAGCAGAGACUCAGAUUUGAAGAUCUUCUUGCCCUCCAAGCAUUUCCAGCCAACGUCUGUGUGGCAAGGUGACAGAUACUGCUUGCAAGUGAGUGGCCUCAGCAACAAUGACCAACUGAGCGUGAAGGACAGUGGCAAAGGGGACAGUGACUUCAAUGACAGUGACUCUGACAUAAGUGGAGAUGGAGGCAAAAAGAACUUCAGCACCUUCCAACCCAGACUAAAAAGUGCUGGCAAUAGCCUAUCUAGGGACUGCCAAAGUGCUUACUGUGUGAUCCCACAAAGGGGCUACAGAAACCCCAGAGAAAAUGCCUACUCCAUAGGUCUGUCUCCCAUGCCUGUUUUCAGUAAUCCUCACAGCAUUAGGAAGGACUGUGGAUACAGCACAAACCAACCAAAACCAAGAAGCAGCAUGCAAACAUUUUCCAGAUCUGGAACACUUCCUUCAUACUUUCCCCAACAACUGCAUGAAGUUGUUGAAGGUCGGGCCACGGCCCACAAGGAGAUUCCACACAUUGUAACGGUUGCUACAGAAUCCGAAGUUGCAACUAUCUUUUAACAAAAAUGUACAGGUAAUCUUUUUUUUGUGUAAAGAUGUAGAA